UUUUCAUUGCAUUGUGGGUAAUAUAAGGCUAGAAGGAUCUAACUUUCUUAUAUAUAACCUUAACUGUAUUCUAACCAAAAAGCAGAGAGUUGCUGAAGUAUUGUCUGAAAACAUAACUCAUAUCUACGGAUAACAUAAAAAUUUAAAAUAUUUUCACAAUUUUCUCAUAAUAUAGAAUUUGAUUUACAAUGCGACUUGGGUCGGUUCUGCUAGCCUACAAAUAUUUCAAUAAAAUACCGUAUAGAUACAGAGGGAAAAAUCGUAAAGUUAACAAACCGAGUCUGCAUGAUUUAUUAAAGAUGAAGAUGGACUUUGAGAGAGAAGAGCGAAACAUGUUGAUUCUACGGCAUCCUUAUCUUACGCCUGAACAAUCUUCCGGUCACAUGAAAGCUUUAAGAAAGGAAGAAGCUUUGAAGGGGAAGAAACAGGAAACAUAUACAGCAAAGAUGAUCCGACUUAGAUACGAAAACUUCCAAAAAGAAAUUACUAUUGCCGAACGUCUAAGCCAUUUGAGAGUUACAGAAGGGUGGGACUGAAAACUUUCUAUGGCCAUGAGUAAUUCUGUUUUGUUGAGUAAUUCUGUUUACAUGAGUAAUUCUCUUUUAGACUUUAGAUUUCUGUAAAUUAAAUUAAUGUUGGAUCCAGGAAUUAUUUAAUUUUCUUUCUUCUUUUUGAUAACAUUUUAAAUCAGUAUAAUAUUGAAUAUAUUAUAUAUAUUAUUUCUUAAUAUAAAGAUUGUAUCAUAAAAUAUAUUAUAUAAGUUUAAGUACACAAAGAAUCUAUAAAGUAAAAGUUGAAAUGAAUACUGUGACAUUGUUCUGAGGCAUUAAACUAUAUUACUUGUACAAAACAAUUAAAGUCGCAUCAAACAUUAA